UGCCGCAUGACCCAAGAAAAUAAUCAGGACAGAAAUCCUUACUUAUCUAUUUAAAGUUUCCCCUUUGCCGGACAUUACAUUUAAUCCUGGGUAUGGAUUAGUAACAGGUAGUGAGGAAUUACCCUUGUGAGAAUUUUUAGUUGUUGUUUCUUUAUGCAUACCACUCUGUGGUAGUGGCCGUUAAGUACGAGAGGGAUUAAGUGAACACCAUCUGGGAUAAUGGCCCUUAAUGAAAUUGACAAGUGGGACUACAGACCAAGGGAUAGAUACCUAGACCCAGGGAGUGAUAGCGAUUCAGAUAUGUCUUGGAAAGGACCACAUUCUCCAAGUUUUACCAUUCAAAGCAAUGUACCAGACUAUCAGAAGAUGCUACAGAGUCAGAUUACAUCCAGUUCAGGAUGGUCUGACAACAGAUUGGAUAGAACUUCGGACAGAUAUGGACUUCAUUCUUCACCCCACUUGACCUCAGGGUCAAGGUCAAAUGACAUUUCGUAUACAGAUAGAAGGAUGUAUCAGACAUAUCAGCCAUCAAAAUAUGGAUUAUCUGGAAGUCCUGGAUAUGAUUCUUACAUGAAUCGAGACUUUAAUGAAUUCACGACAGGACCGUUAGAAGAGACAGUUAACCCUGUAAAUUUGGAAGACCCAUUACGACCAAGUGGUUAUACGCCAUCUUCGUAUGACUUGAAAAAAUUUGAUGACGAGUUAUUUGGGCGUUCAGGAAAAAGUAAUUUUUUGGAUGGGUCAGGGGGAAACGAUAGUGAACUUAAUUUAGACACACCCAAUACUGUAAAUGAUUCCUGGAUAUCACCGCCUAUGCGUCAGACCGCUAAGUCUGAAUUACCGCCAAGUGAUUUUAAAACCCCUGUGAGACAUAAUAGAGCUGGAAUUUUAAGAGACACAUCAAAAUAUAACGAUGAAAAGUUAAAUCGAGGAAAUAUUGCAGUGCCAUCUAGUGAGACUCAAAUAACAAACAGUAACCAUAACUCUGGGUGGGCAGACAGAAAUAAUGUAGAUCACGGUAAAACAGGGCCAGCUGGCCUUGGUCAGUGGCAAAAACAACAUCAAAAUCAUAUGGCAUUCAGGAACACCGAAGCUCAGAAAUCACAAGGACUUGCUACAUUAUUUAAACAUUUAUCAGAUGACCAGUUAGGAAGUGACAAGUGGGAGUCUGUUAGAAGAGCAGCAGAUGCCAUCAUUAAUGAAAAAGACAUGAUGAUUGACAAACUGAAACUGAGGAUGAUGAGUCUAGAAGAAGAUGAUAAUAAAUAUGAAGCCAGGUUAAAAAGAGCUUUGAUUAGUGAUGUCAGUGGGGAGGAAGACGCCAUUAGAAAAAUAACGGACCUUGAUAUAGAGAAUGCAUCAUUGAAAGCUGAAAUGGCACAAAUGAAGGCAAAGAAAAAUGCAGAACUGGAUGAUUUAGAGAGAAAACUUGGAGCUGCUGAGCAUGAGAAUGAACAUUUGAAAUCUGCUAUAAGAACAAGAGUUCCUGGAAAUGAUGCAAUAGAAAAACAGAUUUCUCAACUAACCAAUGAAAGAGAGGAAUGGAAAGGUAAAUUUCUUGAUUUACGAGAGAGUCAUCAGCAGAUGAAAGGGAGGCUAGACCAGUUACAGGAUUAUCUUAGGGAUAUUCCCACCAUGGAGGAAACUGCUGCUAAUUUACAAGAAUUAAACAAUUUGAGAGAAGAAACAAAAUUCCAAAAGCAACAACUGGAACAGCUCCAAAAUAAACUUUUCAACAAUAAGAAAUUACUGUCGCAGCGAGAUUUAAAAAUUGAAGAACUACAAAAUCAAAUGGAUCAUUUGUCAGGAAAGAUGAAUGGUAUUGCAUCUGAACUAGAUAGAAUUAAAUCUGAUGGAGAAGGUGCCGUCCUCCAGAGGUGCCAGGAAGAAAUAGUUCGUCUCAAGGAGGAUAAUCAAAGACUUGCCAUAGAUUUUGAAAAGGCUAAAAAGCUGUUGGAAACAAGCCAUAGAAAAGUACGACAUAUGGAGGUCAAAUUACAGAAUGAACAGAAACAAUCUAAAGGGAGAGUACAACAGGAGGAGGAAACAGUAAUGGCACUGAGGGAAGAAAGUCGACAGAAAGAUGAACAGAUGAUGAAAAUGAAAAGAGCUUUGAAAGAGCUUGGAAGUAAAAAUCAAGAUUUAAUGGAACAGAACUUGAUAAUAAGAGAGCAGUUGAAACAUUUAGAAUAUCUGAGUACAGACGAGACACAGAAAUUACAGAGACGAUUCACACAGGAAAUGGGAUUAUGUUUUUCUGAGCUGCAAUCUUUAGUGAAUAUUUGUAUGCAGAGAGCUGAAGGACAAGAUCCAAAUAUGUCCAUGUUGUUAGGUGUUAGACCCCCUACAAACGAACAGGAGUUGGAUACGCCUGUAUCCUCUGAUGAAAAACAGACAUUAAGACAUUGGUUGUCAAAAUUACGAGAUCUCAGAUCAGAGGUGGAGAAAUUACGAGGCAUGAUCAGUAACAAAUAUGCCGAGGACAUGGGAGACAACUUAAAUUGUGCUACACAGUGAACAAGGGAGAUAACAAGUUAAAUAUAAAAAAAAUACACUACCAUCACCAAAAGAGGAAGGAAUGCUGGCUCUUAGAGAAAUUUCAUUGCUUAAAAAAGGCGGAAUUGCUGUAUUUUCGGUUAUAUUUUCAAGAAAAUUGAAGAAAAAAAAUCGUUAAAAUGCAACAAUCUGGUUGAAAAAUUGUUUGAUUGGAAAGUUUUCAAUUUUGCAGUAAGUUUCAUAUAAUACAGGUAAAUCAAGAGAAUCAAAAUAUAAAUCACUGGCUUUAAUUACUUUUAAAAAAAAUUGCUCUAAGCAAAGUACCUGGUUGAUCAAGGAAAUUAAAAAGUGAAAAAAAUGUUGAAUUUAUUGACAACCUAUUUCAACAUCUGAUAUUAAAUGAAAAUUUUAGGUGAAUUGGGUUGAACUUGUGCAAAUCAUACCUUUCAUGAAAUCAAUACCUUUGCUAUCUUGUCUAAAGUAUAUAUCAUAUAUGAAACAGCUAUAUUAUAAUUAGGUGAUGGUUCAUGCCAGCUUUAUUUUGAGUUAUUGUGCAUUGUAUAUAAUUAUAUUAUGAGGGCCGGUUACAAAUGUAUAAAUGUACAUACAAAGAAAGAGAUUAUUAAAAAAUGAUGGCUCUGUAAAUACAUUAAAAUGGUGCUAAAUAUUUCAUAUCAGCUGUCUCAAAGAGAUGACU